GAAUACGACUGCGAAGAAUCGAAAGCAGAAGAAGACGACAGUCGUAAGCUAGCUGUAACGACAAGUUGCUAACCAAUUUAUGAGACUUGACAUAGCAUAACAGUGAACAGUAACCAUCAGGAGAAUCUCGGUUACCGCUGCCAACAGGUCAUGCAGCGCUCUAAAAGGUAAUGAGCCGUAAAGCCACGGGGUCUCGGCUCAGCGGCGCCCACAAACUGCGGCCACACUGGAACGACUGGCAGCUCAGAGUUGACAGUGUAUCAUCCAGCCAGGACGAGGUGAAGUCCAGGGAGCUUGGUUCUGGACCCUUGUAUGACGUAUUGCCCUCCAGGUGCCCUGAACAGCCAGCUGUGCAAAGUGAUGCCUACGCUGCUGCAGAUGCACAUCAGGAGGAGGGCGGACAUGAAGCUGGUAAAGGUGUCGGUGAUACUACAUUUGGUUGGAAGUCGCUGGGGCAAGAGUUGAGGCCCAAUGACGUGACGGCGGAUUUGACUUCUUUUCAGCAUGGAAAUCGUGCUUUAGCUUCAAAGGAAAUGAGGAAAACACAGGACAGAGGAUUGGCUCACUCAGAGGAGUCCCGACUCGCCAACCUCCUCCGUCGAGUCUCCAGGGAGGAUGACCGCGACCGGAGGUUGGCCACCCUAAAACAGCUGAAGGAGUUCAUCAGCCAUGGCGAGAGCAAAGUGACCCUGGUCAAACAGCUGGACACCAUCCUCAGCACCUUGAAUGAUAUUUUGAAUGAGAGCAGUAAGCUGUUGUGGGAGUUGCGUCAGGAAGCAGCAGCAUGCUUAGGUCUCCUCUGCACGGUGCUCAGCUACGAGGCUGAACGCAUCUUCAAGUGGCUUUUUCUCAAGUUUAAUUCAAGCGGUCGUGACGAGGUGAAACUGCUGUACCUGGUGGCAGCGCAGCGUGCUUUGGAGGCUGCAGGCGAGAGGAAGGCCUUCUCUCAUGUCAUGCAGCUGGUGAUGAGCAACCUGCAGUCCAUCCUGGAGAACGUGGACACACCAGAGCUUCUCUGUCAGAGUGUGAAGUGUAUCCUCCAGGUGGCUCGCUGCUACCCCCACGUCUUCAGCACCAACUUCCGGGACACAGUGGACAUCUUGGUGGGCUGGCACAUUGACCACACACAGAAACAGUCACUCACACAACAGGUUUCAGCCUGGUUACAGAGUCUGGAACAGUUCUGGGUGGCAGACCUGACUUUCUCCACCACCCUGCUGGGGCAGUUUCUGGAAGAUAUGGAGGCGUAUGCAGAGGACCUGAGCCAUGUGGUGUCAGGUGAGGGGCUGGACGAAGACAUCCCCCCUCCCUCUGUGUCACUGCCCAAGCUAGCAGCCCUGCUGAGGGUCUUCAGCACCGUGGUCCGCAGCAUCGGAGAGCGAUUUAGCCCAGUACGAGGGCUGCCGAUCACCGAAGCCUACGUCACUGAUGUUUUAAACAGAGUUCUGGCCUGUGUGACGGCGGCAAAGCAAGUGCAAUUCUCUGAGGCGGUUCUGACGGCGGGGAACGAGUGUGUAGGGGUGCUGCUGGCCAGCGUGGAGCCCUCCGGUCAGCUGAUGGACGCUGUCCUUGCCUAUGGCCUGAACCAGCUGGACUGCUGCCAGGCCUGCGGCUCUGAUUACAAUCUGGCAGUACUCAGUCUUCUCACUUUGAUUGUGGACCAGGUAAACACCAAGCUGCCUGUGUCCUUUGUUGAGAAGCUGCUGACGCCGGACUCCCAGCUUCUGAAGCUACGAUUCCAUCCAGAAAAAGAGGUGAUGUCAGCCGUGCACGGUGUAUAUCAGGCCUUGCUCAGCCUCAAAAACAUUCCCACGCUGGAGGCAGCCUAUAAGAUGGUCCUGGGCGAGAUGGCGUGCGCUCUGUCCAGCCUGACGGAGAGCCUGGGUCCUGGUGCUAGAAACCAGACGCCUGCCAACUCCUGCCCCAACAUCCAGCACCCCGUUUUUGCUUCCCUCAAACUGCCACUGGAGAAGGCCCAGUUCACCCUCCUCUUCAACCUCAGCACCCUCACCACCAUCGGAAACACCAAGAACUCUCUCAUUGGGAUGUGGGCAUUGUCUCCUACGGUCUUUGCUCUUUUAAGUCACAAUCUGAUGCUGGUUCAUGCUGAGCUGGCGAUCUACUACCCGGCCAUCCAGUAUUCUGUACUCUACUCCCUCUAUUCACACUGCACCAGACACGAUCAUUUCAUCUCGUCCAGCUUGUCCUCAUCGUCCCCCUCUCUGUUCGAUGGGGCUGUUAUCAGCACUGUUACCACGGCAACAAAGAAACAUUUCAGCACACUGCUCAGCCUCCUGGGAGGGCUGUUGUCAAAGGAGCACCUCUACACAGAGGCCAGGAAGCUUCUGCUGACCUGGGCUCAGGAAAUCUCUUUACUGAUGAUGAAGUCUGACACCUACAGCCCCCUUUUCUCUCUGCCCUCCUUCAGCAAGUUCUGCCAGGGCCUGCUGGAUAACGCUCUGCAUGAGGAUCAAAGCGUCUGCCUUCAGACCUGCUACAGUUUACAGGUCCUCUCAUCAUCUCUGUCUACCCAGCUGCUGCAAAGGUGUGUUGAUGUGUGCAGAGUCCAGUUGGUCCACUCAGCUGUGAGGGUGAGGCAGGCCUAUGCCAAACUGUUCAGAACCAUACCCCUGGAUGUGGCUUUGAGUAACCACAACCAUUCAGAGAUAAGAGAGAUAUCCCAGGCCAUCCGCCACCACAUGAGCCGCACGCCGAGCAGCACCUUCCACCCCCAGGACUUCAGCGACCUCAUCAGCUUCAUCUUAUAUGGAGUUCUGCACCGUGGAGGGAAGGACCCAUGGCUGGAGCGUCUUUAUCACAGCUGCCAGCGGCUGGAGAAGCGGGACGGCCGGGGAAGUGUAGACGGGAGCAAGGCGGAUGUGGUGCCGCGGGCGCUGCUGAAAACCGAAGCGGUUCUGUGGCAGUGGGCUGUUUGGGAGGCUGCACAGUUCACCGUGUUGUCCAAGCUCCGCACACCUCUGGGCCGAGCUCAGGACACUUUCCAGACCAUUGAAGGGAUGAUCCGGAGCCUGGCUGCACACAGUCUGAACCCUGACCAGGAUCUUGGAGCCUGGGCUGGUACAGGAAGUGAUGGAGACAGUCACCACUCCAACCAGCUCCGCCUCACUCUACUGCUUCAGUACUUGGAAAACCUGGAGAAGCUCAUGUACAACGCCUACGAAGGCUGCGCCAAUGCUCUCACUGCUCCACCGAAGGCCAUUAAGACAUUUUUCUACACGAAUCGUCAGACGUGCCAAGACUGGCUGACGAGGAUCCGUUUGGCGCUGAUGAGGGUCGGUCUUCUGUCUGGCCAGCCCGCAGUGACCGUUCGCCACGGCUUUGACCUGCUCACAGAGUUUAAGAACAGCAGCUCCCAGGCUCCAGAGCUGGAGGUUCCUCUGGCGUUGCUGGUGGAGGCUCUGUGUGAGCUGCGCUGUCCUGAGGCCAUCCAGGGCCUGGCAGCCUGGAGCCUCCUCACCUCUGGUAAGAGUCUGGGCUGGUUGUCAUCAGUUGCCCUGCAGGCUGAGGGACGGUUUGAGAAAGCAGCACUGGAGUAUCAGGAUCAGCUGUCUGCAGUUACUGGGAUGGACUGCAGCAUCAAAAGUUCUGAAUGCUGUCUGCUGAAACUCUCCAGCAGUCCAAAACACACCGGAAAUGGUGACAGCAGGAAGACCGUGCUGCUGAAGUCCGGGGAAUGCUCCCCUGAGGUGAUCAACUUCCUGGCCAACAAAGCCUGUCAGUGUUACGUGGCCCUUUGUGAUUGGGCCUCUGUGAAGGAGUGGCAGACCACCGCCAGCACCCUCAAACAAAACUCCACCAACCCCGUCAACAUCAGCCUGAGGACGGAUUUUAACUACAUCCAGGCUCUGAGCCGCUUCGAGGAGGGAGACAUGGCAGAGUGUGGAGCUCAGCUGCAGCUGCUGCCAGGAGAGGACUACAGCUCUCUGUCCAGCAGCAAGGACAAGCUCGACUUGAAGAGGCUUCUUCCCUCCAUGAGUCCAGAUUCAACUGAGCUGCAGAGAGCCAUCGAGGUGCAGCUGCUUCGCAGCGCCGUUAGUGCCAUGACGAAAGCCAAUCAGCAGCAGGAGCCCAGGACCGCGCCCAAUCCAGAUACUUUGGUGCGCUGCCUGAAGCAGACUGGAAGGAUCUGUAUGGGCCCGCUCCGGCUGUCCACGCUCACUCUUUCCGACGCCCUGCCCACCCUCCCCACCCUGCAGCUCCACUGCACGGCCACCCUGGAGAACACACUCACAGGUCAAGAUGACUGUGUGAUUCCUCUGAGCAGCGAAGCUCUAAACUCUUGUAAACAACAAGACGUCCUGCUUUUCCUCCAAGCCCUCCGAUACUCCACAUUCCAGCGACAGCUGCUCCACAAGCUCAAAGGUCACUCCUCCACAGAUGGCCAUCUUAUUGAGCUUUGCCUGACAGCGGUCAAAUUUGCCCGGAAAAAAGGGAACAUUGCUCUGGCAUCCCGCCUUCUCAGCCAGUGCAGUGAUGGGACACCAGAAGAGAAGCAGCAAGAAGAUCUGAGUCAGGCCUUCAAGCAUCUCACUCUGGAGGGAACACUGGGGGAGAAAUGGGGGCCGGAAGUUCAGAUAGAAAAAGCCAAAGUUCUGAGAACUGCAGGUCAGUCACUGGCAGCGAUGGAGAUGCUGAGCAGGGCUGCUCUGUCCUACUGCCAUGUUGGGAAGAAUGAAGGCGCUGCCUGCCGCUCUCUGCUGACUCUCUGCAAAUGGCUGCUGGCUGACUGGAAGGACAUGACACCUCAACUUAAACAGGUGGUAAAGAAGUCCGGAGCUGUAAACUCUUGUGCGUUGGGGAACGUUUCACCUCUAAGCCGGAAUAUUGCUGCUCUGCUAGAGCUUCCUCUGGAGGAUCAGAGCAUUCCUCUCAUCACCGCAGAGACGUCAGUGAGUGUGGGUGUUGGAGAACCGGACUUUGUGUUGGGCCAGCUCUAUCAGCUCUCCACCAGCUUGGCUCCAGAAGUGGCGAAGUCCUGGGCGGCCCUGGCCAGCUGGGCUUACCGCUGGGGCAGGAAGGUGGUGGAUAAUGCAAGCCAAGGGGAGGGUUUGCCCCUCCUCCCGGGGGAAAAGAAGGACAUAGAGGACCUGCUGCCAGCAACAACCAGUGAAGAAGACAAGGAGACCAUCUUCAGCAUCCUAGGACAGGCCAUGUGCCGACCGACUGGUAUCCAGGAUGAGGACAUGGCGCUGCAGCAGGAAGAUGAAGAGGACGACAUGGUGGACGUCAUCUGGCGGCAGCUUACCAGCUCGUGUCCCUGGCUCGAUGAAGCAGGCCAGGUCGUCACAGAUGGUCUGAUUCGAGUUUGGAGACGGGUGGUGGACCGCAUCUUUGGUCUCUACCGCGUUUCCUGCCACGCGUAUUUCACCUUCCUCAAACUCAACGCGGGACAGGUCCCUGUAGAUGAAGAUGACCCCAAACUCCUGCUGUCCUGUCACAACAACAAACAGAGCAAUGAUGAUGUUAUCGUCAUGGCGACCCUGCGUCUCCUCCGCCUGCUGGUUAAGCAUGCUGGCGAACUCAGGGAGGGGCUUGAGCUGGGCAUAGCUUCAACUCCGACUGCACCCUGGAGGGGUAUCAUCCCACAACUGUUUUCACGUCUCAACCAUCCGGAGGCGUACAUCCGGCAGAGCAUAUGCAGCUUGCUGUGCCGAGUGGCCCAAGAUUCACCACAUCUCAUCCUCUACCCAGCCAUCGUUGGCUCGCUGUCCCUGGGGGGGGAGGCUCAGAACGCAGGGAACAAACUGCCUCCGGCUCUGCCCACCUUCUUGGGCAGCAUGCAGGGAGAGGACCUUGUUGGGGAAGAGGAGGAGCAGCUGGAGACUUCAGGACAAGGAGGACCACAAGAAGAGUUGGCAACCUGUUCCAGUCAAGACCAGGCAAUGAUGCAGGACUGUUACAGCAAGAUUGUGGAGAAGCUGUCUCUGGCCAACCCCACCAUGGUGCUCCAGGUCCAGCAGCUGGUGGGAGAGCUGCGCAGAGUGACUUUGCUCUGGGAUGAACUGUGGCUCGGGGUGUUACAACAGCAGCACAUGCACGUCCUGAGAAGGAUCCAGCAGCUGGAGGACGAGGUCAAGAGGGUGCAGAACAACAAUACACUGCGCAGGGAUGAAAAGAUUGCCAUCAUGCGUGAGAAGCACUCUGCUCUGAUGCGUCCGGUGGUUUUCGCCCUGGAUCACGUCUGCAGCAUCACAGCAACCCCAGCGGAGACUCCACACGAGACCUGGUUCCAGCAGACCUACGGUGAUGCCAUCACCUCCGCUCUGGAGCGCCUUAAGAACCCUGCUAACCCUGCCAACCCAGCUAGUAGCUGGCUUCCUUUCAAACAGAUAAUGAUGAGCCUGCAGCAGCGAGCUCAGAAGCGAGCGAGCUAUCUGCUCCAUCUGGAUGAAAUCAGUCCUCGACUGGUCUCUAUGACGACAACAGAGAUGGCCUUACCGGGGGAGGCGUCUGCGUCAGAUGCUGUUACCAUUCACAGUGUGGGCAACACCAUCACUAUCCUGCCCACCAAGACCAAACCUAAGAAGUUAUUCUUCCUUGGAUCAGACGGCCGGAACUACCCCUAUCUGUUCAAAGGUCUGGAGGAUUUACAUUUGGACGAGCGCAUCAUGCAGUUCCUGUCAAUCGUCAACACCAUGUUUACCAAGAUCAACCAGCAGGAGCAGCCACAUUUCCACGCCCGCCACUACUCCGUCACCCCCCUCGGUACCCGUUCAGGACUGAUCCAGUGGGUGGACGGGGCCACUCCGCUUUUUGGGCUGUACAAGCGCUGGCAGCAGAGGGAGGCAGUGCUGCAGGCUCAGAAGGCCCAGGACUCAUACCCACAGCAGCCAGUACCCCCGGUACCCCGCCCCAGUGAGCUCUACUACAGCCGGAUCGGACCAGCUCUCAAGGCCGUGGGGCUCAGUCUGGAUGUGACGCGUCGAGAUUGGCCGCUCGGCGUUAUGAAGGAGGUGCUGAAGGAGCUGAUGGAGGCUACACCUUCCAAUCUGCUGGCGAAGGAGCUCUGGUGCUCCUGCACCACACCCAGCGAGUGGUGGAGAGUCACUCAGUCCUACGCCAGAUCCACCGCCGUCAUGUCCAUGGUGGGAUACAUCAUCGGCCUCGGUGACCGUCACCUUGACAAUGUGUUGAUUGACAUGACCACAGGAGAGGUGGUGCACAUCGACUACAACGUGUGCUUUGAAAAAGGGAAGAGCUUGCGGGUGCCGGAGAAGGUCCCGUUCAGGAUGACCCACAACAUUGAGGCGGCUCUGGGAGUCACCGGCGUAGAGGGCAUCUUCAGGCUGUCCUGUGAACAGGUGGUUCAGAUAAUGCGCCGGGGCAGAGAAACACUACUGACCCUGCUGGAAGCCUUUGUCUAUGAUCCUCUGGUGGACUGGACUGCCGGGGGGGAGGUGGGCUUCGCUGGGGCUGUAUAUGGAGGUGGAGGCCAGCAGGCUGACAACAAGAAGAGUAAGAGAGAAAUGGAGAGGGACAUCACACGCUCGCUCUUCUCCUCCAGGGUAGCUGAGAUCAAGGUGAACUGGUUUAAGAAUCGGGAUGAAAUGCUGGCAGUGCUCCCACAAAUGGAGGAGGCUGUGGAGGAGUACCUGGUCCUGCAGGAGUUGCUUUGCCAGGGGGAGAAACUGCAAGCCCAGCUGCAGGAGGAGCUUACCUUUCUAAAGGGGGCUGAGAACCACCCGGAUCAUGUCAUCCUCACCCUGGAGCAAAGAUACUCUGAACAUACUCAGCUACAGUCACAGCAGCGGACUGUUCAGGAGGCCAUUCGGGGGAAGCUAGCAGACCUGGACCAGUGGAUCUCUCAGUACCAGGCAGCAUUUUCCAGUCUGGAGGCCACACAGCUGGCCAGCUUGCUGCAGGACAUAAGCAGCCCAAUCGAUCUGGGUCCUCCAAGUUAUGUUCCAGCCACCGCCUUCCUGCAGAACGCAGGCCAGGCCCUCCUGAUCAGCCAGUGUGAGACCCUGGAGGCGGAGGUGAGCUCCUUGCUGCAGCAGCGCCGUGUUGCUCUCCGCGGUUGCCUGGAACAGCUGCACAGCUACGCCACCGUGGCUUUGCUGUACCCACGGGCUACCCUGCUGUUCCACAGAGUUCACCAGUGGAAGGCCUGGUUGGAGGAGCUGCUGAGGGUUAUGACAGUGGAGCACUGCCAGUACAUCUACAGACAGUAUGAGGUGCUGUUUGCCCCCCAGCCUCCCGCCGCCUCCUGCCAGUUCCUGUCCAACGUGGAGUUAAAUCUGCAGCACCAAGUGGCCGAAACCAACGAGCGCAUGAUGCACCAAGCGGAGCGUCUGAAGGCUGAAGGCACCACGGUGGCAGCCUGUGAGGAGCAGCUGCAGGAGAUCGAACACUGCAUCACAGUCUUCCUGCGGGAGAACGGAGAACCGGGAUCUCUGAGCCUCGCUGCCAUCAUCACCUCUGCUCUAUGCACGCUCUGCAGGCGUAACCUGGUGAUGGAGGGGGCAGCUGCGAGUGCUGGAGAGCAGCUGGUGGACCUGACAUCUCGGGAUGGAGCUUGGUUUUUGGAGGAGCUCUGCAGCAUGCUUGGAAAUGUGGGCGCUCUGGCAACGCUGCUCCAAUGCUGCCCACUCCUCCCUCAUGACCUGGAGCUCCCGGCCACCUCAGCUACCACCCAGGCCAUCUACCUGGCCAAUGUUGUGUACACCUGCCUGCAGGAGCUGAACACCAACUUCCGGCAGAUCAUCUUUCCUGAGGCUCUGCGCUGUAUGAUAAAGGGAGAGCCCACCCUGGAGUCCAUGUUGGCAGAGCUGGAGCAGCUCGUGGAGCACAGCUCUGAUGGUCUGGGCCUGCAAGGUUUAGUUGACAGUCUCCGGGCCUCAACAGGUCUGGACCACGAUGGCCAAAACCACUGCCUCCACAUUACCAGAAUGCUGCGAACCCAGUACUCUGAACUGAUCCAGCCUCGCAGCGUGGACGGACAGGGUCAGGACACGCCCAAGAUGUCAGCUGGUCAAAUGUUGUUGGUCGCUUUUGAUGGCAUGUUCACCCAACUGGAGACUGCUUUCAGCCAGCUCACAGAAAAGCUGAGCUCUUUGGAGGUGCCGUCAUCCUGGAGGAAGGUGGAUGUUCUGAGGGAGGCUCGAACCACACAGCUCAACUUCUUUGACAGCCCGAGUCAGCGUCAGCUGAUGGAGGAGGUGUUCUUCCUGAAGAGGUUGCAGACCAUCAGGGAUUUCUUCAGACUUUGUUCCUCCUUUUCUCAGACUCUGUCUGGUACCUGCCCGUUGUCUGAGGACUUGCUGCCUUCCAAUGGGCCCGUUGGUUUGGGGAAACCUCUUUACCGCCGGCCCAGUGGAACGGGGUCGGGUGUGGCAGUGAUCAGUGAAGAGCAGAUGACCCGUCCAAUAAAGGCCUUUACCGCUGAGUUUGUUCGGCAGAUGCUCAUGGGUCUGCCCAGCCAAGCCCUCGGCCUGGCCCUCUGCAGCACCCUCACCGCCCUCGGUCUGGAUGUCGUGGCUCAGGUGGAAGCAAAGGACUUCGGUGCAGAGAGCAAGGUCUCUCUGGAUGAGCUCUGUAAGAAAGCGGUGGAGCAGAGCCUGGCGUCAGGCCGGGUCUCCCAGCUGCUGCUGAACAGAGCCACGGUCCUGGCCUCCUCCUACGACACGGCCUGGAAGAAGGUCGACCUGCUCAGGAAGUUGGACGUCAACCUGGAGGUUGCAAAGACCAGCCUGCAGAGGAGCCAGCUGCAUGUGGCCAUGUUUCAGUGGCAUCAUGAGGACAUCCUUGGUCCCAAUAAUCAACCUCUAAGUGUCAGUAUUCCUCCUCGCUCCGUAAUCCUCAGCAACAUGAAGAAGAAGCUGUACAAGCUGAGUCAGGAUGAGGGAGCAAUUGUUGCCAUUCAGGAGAAGCUGGCGUCUCUGGAGGCCAGCAUUGAGCAGCGUCUGAAGUGGGCUGGUGGAGCCAACCCAGCGCUUGCUCCUGUCCUGCAGGACUUUGAGAUGACCAUCAGGGAAAGACGUUCCAUGGUGGCUCGAGACAACCAGCGCACCAGCCAGGUCACCUUCUUGUGCUCCACCAUCCUUAACUUCGAAGGCCUUCGGACCCGGACCCCUGAGGCUCUGAGCAUGGAUGCGGCGCUGUUUGAACUGCUGAAGCGUUGCCAGCAGACCUGCUCAUAUGCUGCCCAGUUUAGCAGCACAGUGUCUCCACUGGAGCUCCAGCUUCUGCACAGAUUGGGGCCCGUACCUGACCUGCCAAUAGGCAGCCCUGACUGGCUGAGCUGCGCCCAGAGGCAGCUGGAGGAGGAGCUGAGUAUGGAGCGGAGGACUCAGGAGGAGCGAGAGCAGCAGCUGGAGUCUUGUGGAGAAACGCUGCAGCUGCUGGUUGACUCCAUUAAAACCAUUCUGUCCAAUCACAACCGCCAACUGGCUGAUGUCAAACACCUGCUGAGAGCCAUGGCCAAGGAUGAGGAAGCAGCGUUGGCGGACGGUGAAGAGGUGGCAUAUGAGGGCAGCGUACGCCACUUCCUGCUGGAGUACAAAGCUUGGCAAGAUAACAUCCAGCUGGUGUUGUUCACCGUGGUCCAAGCCAGCGGACAGCAUCGCAACCAGGAGCAGCUGGACCUGCUGGAGGAGAUUCCAGCUACCCUGAAGGAGCUGCUCACACAGAGUCAGAGUGUUUAUAAUGGUCUGGUGGGCUUCGCCUCGCCGUUGGUGACAGAUAGGGACAGCGAAUGUGCCAGUCCUGUUUCUUCAGCUCAGACCAGCUUUGCUGCAGCCGUUAGAUGCAGCGGAGUGAAGACCCAGUCGGACUCCAUGUCCCAGAAUGCUCGCAAAGCACUACCACGUAACCUGGGAACCCCCACUGACACCCCACCCAGCACCCUGCUGAUAAGCAGCAAAGGUCUCAACCCCAGUCCGAAGAGGGCUGUACGAGACCCCAAAACAGGACGAGCUGUCCAGGAGAGGAACUCGUACGCAGUCAGUGUGUGGAAGAGAGUGAAAGCCAAGCUGGAGGGCAGAGACAUCGAUCCCAACAGGAGGAUGAGUGUCACAGAGCAGGUGGACUUUGUUAUCAAAGAGGCUACCAACAUGGACAACCUGGCCCAGCUGUACGAGGGCUGGACUGCCUGGGUGUGAACGCCACGCUGCUUAGUGUCUUUGGUCCAGCGAAGGCUUGGAGAUCCACCAGAGUCCAGCAGGACUGGGGUGUCGGAAUAGCAGCACCAGGCCACCCGAAGGGGGAGGAAAUGGGAGGCGGAUGCUUAGUCCGCCCUCCCAAACUCCUGGGCAUCCCAACUGGGGCAGCGACCUCGUAGCAUUGCUGCAACCACACUCCCCCAACCACCAGCGACCGGGCUAACACAACGCUUAGUGGGCCUUCAGACCCACCUUCCUUUUAGGGGUUUGUGUUGGCAAAUAAAACGGUGCUGGAAGGGGGAGGGGGGGAAGGAGGGCAAAGGCCUCCUCACCCUCAACUUGGAAAUACCUUCCCCCCUCACCUGCAUAGCUCACUGUCAAGUUGUACCCAUGAACAUCAUCGCAUCCUGUUAAGCCCACCGAAGUCCAUCUGAGGGCAGGAUGAGGUGGACGUGAGCUGACACACUGGGGGUUGAACUUUAACCUGGGGGGCAAUCUCAGAUGGAUGGGGCAUUUCCAUGGCCACAUUUGUUUUUCUCUAAUCUUUUUCUCAAUGGAACUGUGAUCCUGAUGGGCCUGCGGCGACGCAGUCCGGUCUGAACGACAAAGGUUCGACAGGAUUCUUGAGGCUGCGCGAACAUCUGAGGUGAAAGCGGAAAAAGACGAUGAGAUCGCGCUUCGAUCGAUGAAGAGCGAAGAUGCCGACACAUCUCAGUUGACAAAGCUGAAAGAAAAAAAAGUUUUCUCAGGAUGGUUCUUUGUGCUUUUUGUGGAUAACUUAAUCAUCCUGCCAUGUUUAAUAGUUGAGGAUGGAAGCAGAUGGAGUCACCUAGAUAAGGAUCUCUAGUUGUAGUUCUCUCCUUCAGUCUUGAUCUCUAGUCUGUGUUGUGCUUUGUGUAAACUAUAUGUAGGAGUAGAUUUUUUUUCCUUUUUUUUUUUUGAUCUGCCUGUCAGAAGCUGUUUGCUUGCUAUAUUACGCAUCCACCCAACCCUUAUGCUUGCAUUUUAUGACUCUUGACCUUCUAGUUUUACAUUUUUAUUCAGAAAAGUUCUGUUUGUGGUGACGGUGAACCAUGUUGAUUCUUAAAGCUUUUAUUGAAUUUUGUUGAAUGCCAAAUAAAUAUAGAACUUGGAA